AUGACGAGCAGCCUAAAGCGGAAAGAAGAAAGUCAUUUGAUGAAUGGGGGUGUAAAACAGUCCACAUGGAGCAAAGCGUUCAACAGUAAUGCAGUUUGGGAGGAGAAGGAUGAAUUUUUAGAUGUGAUCUACUGGCUCCGGCAAAUAAUUGCAGUAAUCCUUGGAGUCAUCUGGGGUGUUGCCCCGUUGAAAGGAUUUCUGGGAAUAGCCAUAUUCUGCAUCAUCAACGCUGGUGUCCUCUAUGUAUACUUCAGCAGCUUUCAACAAAUUGAUGAAGAAGAGUAUGGUGGAACGUGGGAGCUCACCAAAGAAGGCUUCAUGACAUCUUUUGCUCUGUUUCUGGUGGUGUGGAUAAUCUUUUACACAGCUCUACACUUUGACUGA